UGUUCGACUGUGUCGUGAACUCUCUGAAGAACGUUCUUAACAUCCUCAUCGUCUACAUGCUCUUCAUGUUCAUCUUCGCUGUCAUCGCCGUGCAGCUCUUUAAGGGGAAAUUCUUCUACUGCACAGACGAGUCCAAGGGUCUGGAGAAAGACUGCAGGGGUCAGUUUCUGGACUUCAACCGUGAUGGUGUGGAAGCUAAGCCCAGAGAGUGGAAGAAGUACGAGUUUCACUACGAUAACGUUCUCUGGGCCUUCCUGACGCUCUUCACCGUGUCUACGGGAGAGGGUUGGCCAAUGGUCCUGAAGCACUCUGUGGACGCCACCUACGAGGACAAGGGCCCCAGCCCCGGCUUCCGCAUGGAGACAUCCAUCUUCUAUGUGGUCUACUUUGUGGUGUUCCCCUUCUUCUUCGUCAACAUAUUUGUGGCUUUGAUCAUCAUCACUUUCCAGGAGCAGGGAGACAAGGCCAUGUCGGAGUGCAGCCUGGAGAAGAACGAGAGGGCUUGUAUCGACUUUGCCAUCAACGCCAAGCCGCUAACCAGAUACAUGCCGGCGAACAAGCAGUCCUUCCAGUACAAGAUGUGGAAGUUUGUGGUGUCGCCCCCGUUCGAGUACGCCAUCAUGUCUUUGAUCGCCUUGAACACAGUCGUGCUGAUGAUGAAGUUUGAACUCUACUGCAAAAACCUCUGA